CAGGUCGGUCUGGACGGAGCAGAGCAACAAUCUUCUCCUCCUCCUCCCUCACAUUACAGUGGCUUUGGAAGGAUUUCACUUCAUUAAACACCACAGAAGAAGACGGAGAAACAAACAGUCCCCGUCCCCCCGGCCCCCCGGCCCCGCCUCCACCACCACAGCCCACCUGAGAGAAGGCGAGGAACCAGUCACCCGAUGGGUUCCAGGCGGAGCUGCGUGUUCCCCGUGCUGCUGGUCGCCUGGUGCCUGACGCUGGUCGGCGGCCGCGGCAACUCCUCGGCGGAGCCCGCGGGCCUCGGCGCCGCCGAGGACUCCGACGCCGAGCCGCAUCUGGCGCAGGAGACGGCCAUCGAGCCGACGGUGUCGUCGCCCUCGCUGGAGAAGGGCGAGUGGAGGCCCGCCGACAAGCUGAAGCGCGCACACCAGAGGAGGCCGCCGCCUCACCCGGCGACCUCCAACCGCUCGGCCGCGGCUCGGUCCCGUCUGCCGCCGAGGUGCCUGCACGCCACCGCCAUCAAGAACGCCUUCAAGUACAUCAACACGGUGCUGUCCUGCCUCAUCUUCGCCGUGGGGAUGGUCGGCAACGCCACGCUGCUGAGGAUCAUCUGCCAGAAUAAAAGCAUGAGGAACGGACCCAACGCGCUGAUAGCCAGCCUGGCUGUGGGCGACCUGAUAUACAUCGCCAUCGACAUCCCCAUCAACGUCUACAAGCUCCUGGCGAUGCGAUGGCCGUUUGCUGGCAGCGUGUUCGGUCUGUUCCUCUGUAAGCUGUUCCCCUUCCUGCAGAAAGCUUCAGUCGGCAUCACCGUCCUCAACCUGUGUGCGCUGAGUGUGGACAGGUACCGCGCGGUGGUGUCCUGGUCCCGGGUGCAGGGCACCGGCGUCCCCGCGGUGACGGCGCUGGAGAUCGUGGCGAUCUGGCUGCUGUCGGCGCUGCUCGCGGUGCCGGAGGCCGUCGGCUUCGACAUGGUCACCUUUGAAUACAGGAACGUUACCAUGACGACCUGCAUGCUGCAGCCCAAGACGCCCUUCAUGACCUUCUACCGCGACGCCAAGGACUGGUGGCUGUUCGCCUUCUACUUCUGCGUGCCCCUGGUCUGCUCCGCCGUCUUCUACGGCCUGAUGACCUGCGAGAUGCUCCGGCACCAGAAGGGGAGCCUGAGGAUCGCGCUGAGCGAACACCUGAAGCAGCGCCGGGAAUUAGCCAAAGCCGUGUUCUGCCUGGUGCUGAUCUUCGCUCUGUGCUGGUUUCCACUUCACCUCAGCCGCCUGCUGAAGAGGACCGCCUACAAGUCCCAUGAUGCACACCGCUGCCAGCUGUUAAAUUUCCUGUUGGUGCUCGACUACCUCGGCAUCAACAUGGCGACCAUCAACUCCUGCAUCAAUCCCAUAAUCCUCUACUUCGUCUCCAAGAAGUUCAAAAACUGCUUCAAGUCCUGUCUGUGCUGUUGGUGUUAUUCUGGCUCUCUCUCCAACAGUAUGCUGCCUAUCCACCACGGGACGAGCCAGCAGUACAAGCACACUGACCACUGAGAGAGAGAGUCAUCCUCAUCAUCAUCAUCCUCAUCGCACACUGAGAGGCAUCGGUGUCUAAAUGUUCUUUGUGCAAUUAUUAAGCCCAAGAUAUUACAGUUUACUACAGACUAGCUAUUGAAUGCUGAAAUAUAGUAUAUAUAGACAAUAUGGCCAAAAGCCUGUGGUCCAACUGCUGCCUUGGUGUUGUUUCCCAUCCACUUGAGUUAUUCUACGUUAUUUUAUUUAUUUAUUUGUAAAGACAACACACUCAACACGUGCAAAGGCUGUAAAAGCAACAAUAACGGUGCAAUGUGGCAUUUUGUUUUGUAGUUCAUUUAGAAGUUUUAAAAACAUCUCUCGACACUUUGUGUGCAAUGUGGUCGGUGGUCGUUUUUACCUUUGGCCAUAUUGUUUAUCUAUUACUUUGUGUUGUAGGCAAAAUAUUCCAUUGCGUCUCCACCUUUAAAGAAAGGAAACCAGUUUAAAGUAGUGUCUGCGCCACCUGGAGGCUGAAGUGUUAACUACAUCCCACAAUAACAAAGUGUUGAUGAUCUUUCUGUUCAGAACACCAACUGAGGUAAAGGCAGGUCACAAGUUGACAGAAUUUUUUUUAAUUGAACUGCAAGGGAAAUAUUAAUGCGUGGACCACAUUUGCGACGCAUUAAUGCACCAAUAAUUAUAAUCAAUAAUACUGGUUAUAUUUACCUUAUUUUAACGGUUUGACAUCACUAUUAUUACUAUCUGUAUAAUGAUCUUGUGUUCCUUAUAAUAUUCUGACAUAUUACUGUUUAUUUAGGUGGAGGUCCGUCUCUUCCUGCCCUUUUUGUUCUGUAUUAACUUUUUUACCUGUGUAUUUGAAUAAACUUAUUUAUAAACUUUAAA